AUGAGAGCUUAUAAGCUAGUUCGAUGGGGACAACCUGGUCAGUAUAUCGAUGUUCCGCAACCGACUCCCGGUCCGCUGGAUGUCCUGGUCCGCGUCAAAGCUGUCGGUCUCUGCCGCUCUGACAUCGACAUGAUGGACAGCCAGCCCGGCGAGGAUCCUUAUGCGAGCGCCAUCGAUGCCGGCUACAUCCUCGGACACGAGACGGCCGGCUUCGUUGAAUCAUGGGGCUCGAGUGUGACGGAUUUGGAAAGGGGGAGACGGUGGUGCUCCAUCACAUGCGCCACUGCGGCUUCUGCGAGUAUUGCGAAGCCGGCAUUGAGCAGCAUUUGUGACCACUUCCGGCGCGGUGCAAUUGGCAUGACUCGAGGCUGCGGCUUCGACGGAGGACUCGCAGAGUUCAUUGUCGUCCCCCGUACCGAACUCAUCUCCGUGGGCUCCGCCGACCCCGUCUUGUUUGCUCCCCUCACCGACGCCGGUGUGACUGCGUAUGCCGGCUGCAAGCCCUUUUGGCCCCUACUGCGCCCGGGGACGAGCGUACUGGUCAUCGGUGUCGGCGGCGUCGGCGCCUACGCGAUCCAACUCAUCAAGCUACGCACUGCCGCCAAAGUCGUUGCGCCAGACACUGAAGCUCGCGUACGCCAGUUUCUCAACGGAAGAGGCGUCGAAUGCGUCCUGGACGUCGUCGGAACCGAUCGCACUCUGGCCUUGGCCGCCGCCUUAGUGCGCCCGGAGGGAUUUGUCUCUGUUGUGGGCAUGCAGGGCGGCAGCGUCAAGCUUGGCUGGAACAGGAUAGCGACGAACCUGCGCGAAGUUUGUCAGCUAGCACUGGAAGGGAAACUGCAGAUUGACAUUGAUCGAUUCUCCUUUGAUCAGAUCCCCGAGGCUUACGAGAAGCUGCGGAAAGGACAACUUUAUGGUCGUGCCGUGAUUGUUAUGGACAACGUAUUGCAGUAG